AUGGCCGACCGUCCUCUGGCUGCAAGGAGGCCCAGGAGCGUCGGGCGUCGGGAUCGGCAACUUCCUGGAGAUCGGACCGCUGGACGUCGGCCUGAAUCCACGCAACUCGACCUGGCUGCAGAAGGCCGACCUCAUCUUUGUGGUCAGUCCAAGGAAGGAGUCCCACAUUCCUCUCCUCGCUAUCCGUUUCGAUGUAGCGCCGGCCAAGUGGUAACGUAUUCCUUGUGUUGUGUUGUGUGCAUGGCAUGGCAGGACAACCCUGUGGGCGUCGGGUACAGCUACGUGGAAGACCCGAGCCUGCUGGUGAAGACCGACUGGGAGGCGGCCGCCGACGCCACCGCGCUCGUCAAGUCGCUCGCCACGCAGGUGGCCGCCCUGCAGCAGGGUAGCCCGCUCUUCCUCGUCGCCGAAUCCUACGGUGGCAAGUACGCCGCCACGCUCGGCGUCUCCCUCGCCAGGGCGAUCCGUGCCGGCCAGCUCAACCUCACCCUAGGCGGCGUCGCGCUCGGCGAUAGCUUCGUCUCGCCCGAGGAUUUCACGCUCUCGUACGCGCCGCUGCUCCUGGAGGUGUCGAGGCUGGACGACAAUGCCGGCGACGCCGCCAAAGCGAUGGCGGUUACGGCGCAGCAACAGAUCGCGGCUGGGCAGUUCUAUGAAGCGUGGAGCUCGUGGAAUAACUUGCUGCAGUUUAUCGACUCCAAGAGUGCCAGCGUCGACGUGUACAAUUUCUUGCUUGACAGCGGCAUGGACCCGGUGGCCACGACUACCUCGGCGGCGGCCAGCAAUACCCACCUGACGAAGUACUCAAGAUACCUCAGCAACCAAGAGGCCGCUUCUGACCCCAACGCCAUCGGCGGCAUCAUGAACGGAGUAGUCAAGCAGAAGCUCAAGAUCAUCCCCGGUAACCUCACGUGGCAAGAGCUGUCGUAUACGGUCUAUGGCGCGCUGAAGAGCGAAAUCAUGAAGCCGAGGAUCGACGAGAUUGACGAGCUGCUGUCGUACGGCGUGAGUGUGACGGUAUACAAUGGCCAGCUCGACGUGAUCUGCUCAACGAGUGGCGCAGAAGCCUGGGUUCAGAAGCUCAAAUGGGAUGGGCUGAAGAACUUCACGAGCCUGCCGAGGCAGCCUCUAAGCUGUGGAUCUUCCAAGCUCACCCAGGCAUUCGUCAGAUCCUACGAGAACCUGCACUUUUACUGGAUCCUUGGAGCUGGACACUUUGUGCCUGCUAACCAGCCAUGCAUUGCUCUGGACAUGAUCGGUAGCAUCACCCAGUCCCCAGCCACUUAG